UCUAUUGUCAUGAGGCGGCCUUUCUGUUUCCUGUCGUUGUUUGAGCCCGGACGUAUUUUGAAGACUCACCGCCAUCAUGGACGCUCUACCAGUGCGUGUUUUGGAGUACUUGACAGAAGUUGAGGAGGCAGCUGAGGAUGUUCUCACCACCAAACAACAAAUAGUGGACCUGGACACCAAGAGAAACGGCAACAGAGAGGCAUUGAACGCACUGAAAAAUGAAAUGUCCGAUACAGAUACGGUGAAGGUUUGCUUUGGAAGCUUGUUCAUUAAACUUCCCAAAUCGAAGACAGGAGAGAUGAUCCAGAAAGACCAAGAGCAGCUGGACAAAGAGAUAAACGACCUCCGCGCAGCACUCAAAGCAAAAGUCAACCUUCUAAAUGAAAUGCAAGGAAAACCUCAGCUGAGAGGCUACAAUCUUUCUCCUCUGUCCGCCGAUGAAGUCCGAGCUGUUAACAGCCUCCUAAAGAGAUGACGUCAGAUCUGCUGACAAGGACGUAAAAGGAUAAGACACGUGGACAAUAAUAAUAAUAACUACGUUACCCUCCUGCAUGACUGACAACAGGGAUCUAAUCAAUAUCUCCAUCACCUGCCUGUGCCAUGUGCUUUUUAUUGUUGCCGGAACAUGUGUGUUUUUUCGUUCUCAAAUCUACAAAAACAGCAUAGAUACUACAGAAAGUGUCAUUUAGCCACUCCCUCUUCCCAUUUGUGGUGCUAGCUUGCACAUGCGUGGUAUCGAGUCUCCUGCUAAUGUAAAUGACCUGAUGGAUUAUGUCAUAAAACAAUAUUGGAUCUGUACUACAACUUGUUUAAAGACCCGGAAUGUUCCUGCACAGGAUCCUGUGACAGUUAGUUACUGCUCGUUCAGUCAUUGAGCCUCGGUGGUGUGCUCCUGCUUCUCCAACCUUUCGGGACAUAAGGCCCAAAGAUCUCCGAUGGACAAGAAAUACGGAGGAAAAGAGCUCCUUUUGAAGUCAGGAGUCAAUCUUGAGGGUGGGGAGGGCACUAACCUUGGAAAAUGCCACUAGGGGGCGGUGCAGCACAGGUGUACAGCAGAGAGGCGGUGGGGGGCAACUCUGUUUAAAGAUGGGUUUUACUCUGCUUAUGCUCGCGUUAUCAUUCAACUCUUCUUGUGGGUUUUUGUCACAUAACUCUGUUUACCACCUCGUCUCCUGAAUAAAUGCAUUUAAUGUG